UCUCUAAGUGUAGGCUCUCUUCCUCUCUUUCUCAGCAGCGUCUCAGACGUUUUCAAGACCUGUCUUUCGGAUUGCGCUCCGUUCAUUUCCACGACGCGCCUUGUAUCUGAAAGUUCGCUCUCGCUGUAUCGUUUUCGCUGUACGGAUACGCCACACUUACUGGAUAUUGGGUACUGGAUUAACGCUAAUUCGUUUUUGAUUGCCGCCCUUGGGGGAUCACCAAGUGGACCGAGGCAAGGCAGCUGCCACUCCUCACUUACGAAGGAAACCGAAUACCACCAGCUGGGUCGAAUCCUCGCCAGUCGCAAACAAGAACAACAGGGGCACACGAUCGCAUCGCAGGAUCACAAAGGACUCGUGCCAUUCGAGCCGAGGGGGUUGUUGGUGAUAGCGCCUCCUGAAAGAAGUACCGACUCAUGCGGUCGGGCGUCGAGACAAAGUGAUCCUGCGGCAAGGAGCAGAGCAGGACGAGCCGCUUAUCAGCCAUGCAUGCGAUUCGGGGUGGCUGAGGGUUGCAAACACGCGUUCUUAUCUUAAAGCUCGACCUUUUUCGGGAGGGUGACGAAAUAGAGCAGAUGUGCAAACAACGCCACCGAUGACUGAUGACGGAUGACUGACGAAGCCCAGCAAUUACACCUUGGAGGGAGGCGAUAAUUUCCCCCCGAGCGGAGCGACUCGUGCCCGGCACACUUGGAGAUCCCGAACAGGAGCCACUCUCGCCUGGCCACUCAGAUUCGGGCCCCAGAUUCGCAGCUUCUAAAUUCCCAGUAUUAAAAUGUCGGUGGACAACAGUCUCGGCAUUCUCGACUUCAGUUUGGCUAACGAGAGUGAAAAGGCAGCGAUGACAGUGGCAACUUUGUACAAAACUUCCGACAAGGAGAACGAUCCAGAUGCCCAGCUAAAUGGUAUUAUCACCACCGGAGCAACAGCCCAACCAGCCACGCCCACUGCCGCAACUUCAGCCGCCCAACCGCCCACGAGCACUCCUUCAGCUGCCAAGGAUGCGAUCGAUGGUGGUUGUUGCAGCAGCAACACGGAUCCCAAGUUUCAGUCAUAUGUGAAUGGGAAUGGCAAUGGCAUCUACAAGAUCAUCAAGACUCUGGGAAAGGGGAACUUCGCGAAGGUCAAGCUGGCGAUCCAUGUGCCCACGGGCAGGGAGGUGGCCAUCAAGGUGAUCGACAAGACCCAACUGAACACGAGUGCUCGACAGAAACUCUACAGAGAGGUGAAGAUCAUGAAGCUGCUGAAUCACCCGAACAUCGUGAGACUCUUCCAAGUCAUCGAAUCGGAAAGGACGCUCUACUUGGUGAUGGAGUACGCCAGUCGAGGAGAGCUCUUCGAUCAUCUGGUGAAGAACGGAAGGAUGCGGGAGAGGGAUGCCCGGGUGAUAUUCAGGCAACUAGUGUCCGCCAUUCAGUAUUGCCACAGCAAGUUCGUGGUCCAUCGGGACCUAAAAGCAGAGAACCUGUUGCUGGAUCAGCAUAUGAACAUAAAGAUAGCGGACUUUGGCUUUGGGAACACCUUCGAUCCGAAUGCCCAGCUGGAAACCUUUUGUGGAAGUCCUCCCUACGCAGCUCCUGAACUUUUCAUGGGCAGAAAGUACACGGGACCCGAAGUGGAUGCCUGGUCGCUGGGAGUGGUGCUGUACACCCUGGUUAGUGGAUCUCUGCCCUUCGAUGGCGGCACUCUGAAGGAACUGAGGGAGAGGGUUCUGCGUGGCAAGUACCGAGUGCCCUACUACAUCUCCAUGGAUUGCGAGAACCUGAUGCGAAAGUUCCUGGUCCUGAAUCCCGUCAAGCGUACCUCCCUAUCGGCAGUCAUGUCGGACAAGUGGAUUAAUCUGGGUCACGAGGAGAGCGACAAAUUGCGACCCUUUCGGGAGAAGCCGAUGGAGCUGCAGGAUGCCGCACGCUUCGAUUUGCUGGUGAACAUGGGUCACAAGCGGAGGGACGUGGAGCAGUCGGUGAAGGGCCAGCUGUUCGACGACAUCUACUGCACCUACAUGCUGCUGGGCGUGGCCAAACCACGAUCCUCCACCCGCAACCCCAAAACGGAGGCUCUAGCCACAGGGGACAUGAAUACUCCGGCAGUCAGCAGUCCGCUUCCCAGCAUCACCACACCCACUGUAACCAUUGCCCAGGUGACCCUCGCCAUGGAUAAGAAUCCGUCCAGCCAUUCUGCUGCAGCCUCAAGUCGUCCUAUUGCUCCUCGCCUGGCGAACGUUCCUGUCACGCCUACUUCAACGCCUCCUUCGGGACCUCCUGCCAAGCCCACCCGCCGAACUCCUGCAAGGACUCCAGCCCGCAAGCCCUCGAAUCAAGGACGUCCGGAGCCCUCGAGUCUGCCGCACACUCCGCAGUCUAAAAGAGCCAGUUCAAAUAUGGAUGUGAAGCCAACUCUGCUGAGUGCCCAGCGGCAGUUGGCCCAGAACCAAAAGUUGGCCGGCACCCCGCCCCGUUUUCAAUACCCCGGCUCACAGACUCCAAACCAAGCUCAGGGAUCCUCGAGAAGACCAACGACUCUUUACGAGAAGGCGGAACCUGCAGUCACGCCUCUUUUGGUGCCCAAAUCCCCUGCCAUCGGAGGACGACUCAUGGAAAGGAUUCCAGGAGCGGCGGCGGUGGAGAAGACUUCCGAGAAACCCUUCACGCGACACAAUGUGGCACGGGCCACUUUUCACUUUGGCCAGGCGCGCAGUGGAAAACGAGGUGGAGGAUCGGGAAGUGGAGCAGGUGGGGAGGAGGAUAACUACCAGACGCCACCCUUAUCCGCUGACGACACCAAGCCCGCCUCCAGAGUGGGUUUCUUCUCCAAACUCACAGCUCGCUUUGGCAGAAGGGUGAUCCACCUGAACGAAAAGGAUGCCACCGAGCAGCGCAAGAACCUCACCAAAUAGAAGAGAUC